CGAUGAUACUAGCACUGCGAGCGGGACAGUGCCAGCGUCAUCCGAAGAGGACGAAGUUGCAUUACCUUUGGGCCCAGGAGUUUUGACUACAAAUUUGGCUGUGCCAUUGGUAGUGGUUUGCACCAAGUCUGACAACGUUACCACGUUAGAAAAACAGAUGGAUUAUAAAGAAGAACAAUUUGAUUACAUACAGCAAAGUUUAAGAACUAUCUGUCUUAAAUAUGGUGCUGCGCUCUUUUACACAACCACUCGAGAUCCAAAAACGUUCGAAAACCUCCGUCAAUAUAUUCAUCAUCGACUUCUUGGAUCAAAAUCUUCAUCCAAUGACGCCAAAUCUAUUUAUUCUUUCAAUGUUAAACCAAAUUAUGUUGAACGUGACACAGUAUUGGUUCCCACUGGUUGGGAUUCUUGGAACCUAAUUAAAUGCUUAAGAGAUGGUUUCGAUUGUGACGGACUGCUUCAAGGUUGGGAUUUGGAUAUGACUGGUGAAAAGGAAACAACGGAAGAUGCCGAAGAAGUUAUUAGCGCUAAAAAAGUGUAUGAAGAGGUUGUUGUUCAUAUAGAUAACGAUAAAGUAAAAGAUGAACAAGAAUUCUUCAGCCGUCACUUUGAAACUUUACAAAAAGCUAAUAACGAACGUCCACCAUCGCCAUCAGUCGUUGGACCAAUGAGUGCACCUCAGUACCCAUAUGCUAAUAUCGGAGCUGAUAUUCCAGAGCCAGAUUUAACUAGGCCUAAUCCCAAACUUACUUCCAAAUUUAAGAAACAGCCCUCCGUACCUACACCUCCACAAGCGGGUACGCAGAAUGGUCCCCAACCAGCUAUACCUUCUGGUCCACCAAACGAAGUUCUUGCAAACUUCUUCCAAGCAUUACUCACAAAAAAAGCAGCAACAAAUCAAUCGACUAACCAAGGAUCAUCCCAAACACCACUAUCACCAAACGAGCCCGCAAGCUCCCUAAGCAUGUCCGCUAAACCCAAUAUUAGCACUAAUGGACCAUCAAGAAAGAUGGUGGAAACGGAAUUGGAUCGGUUGAAGAAAUUUUCUAACCCCACAGCCAGCACAGUACAGCUGGAAAAUAAUUAA